GCGGCCCCGGCCCCGCCGCUCCUUGCGCUGGGCUCCCGAGGCUGGAGGGGCGGCGGUGCUCUCAGGUAGCCUCACGCAGUAGCUGCGAGCGCGAACAGGCCGGGCUCUUGCAAUGGGGCACUGUCGCCUCUGCCAUGGGAAGUUCUCCUCACGGAGUCUCCGCAGCAUUUCUGGCAGGGCACCUGGGGAGAGCUCAGACAGACCACCCCCAGGGGAGCGAGUUUUCAUCAGGGACUUCCAGCACUUGCUGGGUGUGGCCGUCCACCAGGACCCAGCUCUGUCUCAGUUUGUCUGCAAGAACUGCCACACCCAGUUCUACCAGUGCCAUGGCCUCCUCAAGUCCUUCCUGCAGAGAGUCAACGUCUCCCCGACGGGCCACCGGAAGACUUGCACAAAGGUUGGUGCCCAGCCCCCACCAGGGGCAGAGGAGGGAGCGUGUCUGGUGGACCUGAUCACUUCGAGCCCCCAGGGCCUACGUGACUUGGUGGCAUGGGUGCAUGGACACGCAGCCAGCUGUGGGGCCCUGCCUAACCUCCAGAGGACACUGUCCUCCGAGUACUGCGGUGUUAUCCAAGCCGUGUGGGGCUGUGACCAGGGCCACGACUACACCAUGGACGCCGACUCCAGCUGCGGGGCCCUCUUGCUGGACAGUGCGCUGGCAGUCAAGUGGACUUGGGACAAGGACAUGGCCCCGUGGCUCACCCAGCAUCGGGGAUCCAGCCCCACUGGGGCUGCCCCUCAGAGCUCCCGGGGCAAAGCGACCACAGUUCCAGCCGAGACCGAGACACUGCCCAGCACGGACAUGGCCCAGCCUCCUUCAGAUGUCAUCCCUGUAGGGCCUGGGCUGAGCCCCCCACCUCAGCCAAGCUUCCCCUCAAGUGGGGCCCCAGGGCGGUUGGGUGAGAAGCAGGUUCCAUCUUCAACCUCGGAUGAUCGGGUAAAAGACGAGUUCAGUGACCUUUCUGAGGGGGACAUCCUGAGUGAAGACGAAAAUGACAAGAAGCAGAAUACCCAGUCCUCGGACGAAUCCUUUGAGCCUUACCCAGAAAAGAAGGUGUCUGGUAAAAAGAGUGAAAGCAAAGAAGCCAAGAAGUCUGAAGAACCAAAAAUCCGAAAGAAGCCUGGACCGAAGCCGGGCUGGAAGAACAAGCUCCGCUGUGAGAGGGAGGAGCUACCCACCAUCUACAAGUGCCCUUACCAGGGCUGCACGGCUGUGUACCGAGGGGCCGAUGGCAUGAAGAAGCACAUAAAGGAGCACCAUGAGGAGGUCCGGGAGAGGCCCUGCCCCCACCCUGGCUGCAACAAGGUGUUCAUGAUCGAUCGCUAUCUGCAGCGUCACGUGAAGCUCAUCCACACAGAGGUGCGGAACUAUAUCUGUGAUGAGUGUGGACAGACCUUCAAGCAACGGAAGCACCUUCUCGUCCACCAGAUGCGCCACUCGGGAGCCAAGCCUCUGCAGUGUGAAGUCUGUGGCUUCCAGUGCCGGCAGAGAGCAUCCCUCAAGUACCACAUGACUAAACACAAGGCUGAGACUGAGCUGGACUUUGCCUGUGACCAGUGUGGCCGGCGGUUCGAGAAGGCCCACAACCUCAAUGUGCACAUGUCCAUGGUCCACCCUCUGACGCAGACCCAGGACAAGGCCCUGCCCCUGGAGCCACCACCCGGGACUGUUGAGGGCCAGGCCGUGAAGCCCGAGCCUACCUGAACUCCCGUGGUAAAUGGGGUUAAGACAGUUUCAGUAGUUCCUCAUACGUAACCUGACAGCACAGCUUUGCUCGCUUGCUCCCCUGGAGCCCCCAUGCUGUACCCCCCCAACCUGUGUGUCAGGAGGGCACUGAUCUGCAGUAUGGUGAACAUGGGCUCAGUGUGCAACUCACAUAGCCUUUACAGCCUCCACUCUGGGACCAGCAUUUUCCUACAAAAACUGAAUGACUCGGGGCCAGAUGGAUUUUAAAUAAUUGAUUCCUAUUCCCCACUAAAGCAAUCAAGGAGAUUUGUAAUCCACUUUUUAGUGCAAGAGCUCCAUGUUAUGCUUGUAAUAAAUUAUUUACCAAGGA